AUGACACUCUUCCAGCCCGAGUUCAUAGCUGGUAUUCUCCUAGUCUUUCUCCAACUUCGUCUACGUUAUUACUUUAAUCUAUCAUCCUAUCUAAUCAAUGGAUUAACUUUCUUUCUUCCUCCUGAGGAUGAACUUAUUGCAACACUUAAUGGCCAAGGAAUAAUGAACAACAAGAUGAAGAAAACAGUCCAAUUCAGUAAAAACUCGACUACUCAACCACUUAGUGCAGCAGAAAAGCUGGAUAAAUUCUACGUACGUGUGGCAAAAACUGAGUCCAGUGUCUUUAGUCAAACGCUCUUUUAUGAGCUCUACGAGAUGUUUAUCGUACUAGUGUCUUCAGCUUUAUUCGGGUGUUGGAUUGGUAGUAUUGUUAAGGUUGUUACAUUAUGGAUACAAUUUUCACAGGAACAAGUUAAUGAGAAGGUGAAUGUAGCUACUUAUAGUCUCCUAUCAGCAAUGUUUGUAGCUCUUUGGUUCCCAUUCCAGCUGAAUUUUACUCACGGCUGGACAAGUUAUGAAGCUCGCUUGGGUUUAUCCGUUGGUUUUAUUGGACUUAUUGCAGCUGGUUUCAUUAUCUUGCCACCUAAGGGCAUGUUUGAUUUUGACUUGGAAAGAGCAGCUCAGCUUACUGGAGAACGCAUAGCAAUGGUGCUACGAACAGUGGGAUUUACACAUGCUGAUUUUGUAAACAUAGCACCAUUAGCAGAAAUAGCGAGAGCAAUAUUGUUUUUUGCCUUUGCGUUGCUAGCAGGUGUUUUUACAUGCACGACGUUUUUACCGUCCUUUCGGUUUGCACGCAUGUACUUGGAGAUGAUCAAGAACAAGCAGUAUUCGAUUAGGAAGAGACUGCUGCUGCACCUCAACAUGUUUUUUCCAGUGUUAAUCUGCGUGCUGUGGGUACCGCAACUUUUUAAAAAUGUGGUCGUGCCUUUGGAACUUGUAAAAUGCUCACCACGUGCACUGGUUCGGGAUUGCCUACAGACUGAAGUGUUGGGACUGACUAAUGCAGCAUCGUCGGAUAUUUGGAAAUGGUACAGUCUGACGGAGUCUCAGUUUCACAUGCUUCGAAUCUACGUGGUCUUUGUGGCAUGUCUGGUGCGCUUGCUUUGUUUUCGUGAUUACCUGCAGUACUUUCUCCUGGAGCCGCGUGAGGUGAUGGCGUCGCUUGUGGGUCGCCCUGGCUUCGUGGAUGGCGCUUUGUUGCAGAGCAAGGUGCGUCUUCAGUUCAAUUACGUGCCAGUCAUUGCACUGCAGUACCUUGCGCCGAUGUGUGCGAUGUUGACUUCAGCGCAACUUCUGGUGAAGCAAACAGCGACGUCUCUCGGCGUUUUCAACAACAUUUUGUCGGUGUUACAAAAUGUGGCACCAAACCUCUUGAUUCCUGCUAGUCUCACGCCAGAAGGGUCACACGCGGCCAGUUUGAAUGUGCUGCCAGAUCCUAGGUCGCUGCCAAAUUUUGGUGGCUUUAAGCUUGGUGAUGACCUCAGUAAGGAGAAUGUGACGCCAUUUUUGCGUGGCAUGAGUGAGUUUCCCGUGCUCACUGCAGAGUUCUAUGAGGCAGCCUUGGGCUUCCUGAUAUGGUACCUGAGCUUUACCAUGUUUGCCGUUAGCUUGGCAGGGUUGCUAUAUUGGCGUAACGUGGGGACCCACAGCAGCGCUGAUGUUGCAACAGCGGUACGGUCGAACAAGCAGACUUCCAAGACGCUGAAAAAUCAGCUGAAGGGCCUCAAAAUGCACAAGAAGAACAAGUAG